AAUCACAGGAGAUAGAGAUCGUGAUCUUAUUGGUAAUAAAAAUGGAAUACAAAUUAUUGUACAAGCUAAAUCUAGUGAAACAGGUAGAUAUCCAAAACUUGAAAAAGAAUAUAAAAAUUUAUAUGGAAUAUGGAAAAUUGAAGACCUGCUAAAGAAAUAG